AACAAUGGAGUGCAGCUUAAAAACCCUAGCAGCUGGGCUGGUGGUGUUCGUCGUGCUGCUCCUGCAGCAGGCGCCCGUGUUAGUACUGGCAACCGACGCCGACCCUCUCCAGGACUUCUGCGUCGCCGACCUCGGCAGCGAGGUGACGGUGAACGGGCACGCGUGCAAGCCCGCCUCGGCGGCCGGCGACGAGUUCCUCUUCUCCAACAAGAUCGCCACGGGCGGCGACGUGAACGCCAACCCGAACGGCUCCAACGUCACGGAGCUCGACGUGGCUGAGUGGCCUGGGGUGAACACGCUCGGCGUGUCCAUGAACCGCGUCGACUUCGCCCCCGGCGGAACCAACCCGCCGCACGUCCACCCGCGCGCCACCGAGAUCGGCGUCGUGCUCCGCGGCGAGCUCCUCGUCGGCAUCAUCGGCAGCCUCGACAGCGGCAACAGGCUGUACUCCAAGGUGGUCCGCGCCGGCGAGACGUUCGUCAUCCCGCGGGGGCUGAUGCACUUCCAGUUCAACGUCGGGAAGACGGAGGCCACCAUGGUCGUCUCCUUCAACAGCCAGAACCCCGGCAUCGUGUUCGUGCCGCUGACGUUGUUCGGCUCCAACCCGCCCAUCCCAACGCCGGUGCUCGUCAAGGCGCUCCGGGUGGACGCCGGCGUCGUUGAGCUGCUCAAGUCCAAGUUCACCGGAGGAUACUGACCGGCCGGAGAGCACUAGCUUCCACGGUGAUCUCUGCUGGUACCAUUUCUACGUACCAGUAAUUAAACUACGGCUGUGUAGCUGGCUAGCUGCAUGCAUGCCAUUGUGUUGAAUAAUUAAGCGUGGCCUUGUACGUAGAAGCUAGGUCACCGAUGCAAAUCGAAUAUGUACUACGUUCUGUUCUUGCUUUUCACCUU